UUUUGUACAGUCAAAAUUUCAAUAUAUUAAAUAUAUUUUUACAUAAUGAAAUGUUUAUAAACGAUUUAAAUUGUGCUAGUUUUCAUUGAUUCGGGAAUAACAAUACACUAUCCUGUUAUUUCUCCUAAGAUUGCAUCCUGAAGUGUGUAGACAAAUUUAUAACCAUUCAAGACAAUGAAACACAAAAUAAAUGUGAAUUGCAAAGAAAAUCCAACGCAAUUAUUAUUUAGACGUUCUUGUAAAAGUGUAAAUACCUUUUCCAAAACAUACUCUGGAGCAUCACAGUUGUGCACGAGAAGUUUGGUACAACAAUUACAGAGGAAACUGCCGAAGACAAAGUACUAUGAAAAUCAUGGUAAAAUAAAACGAGACUUAAGUAUAGAAACCGAUAUUUGCAUAAUGAGAAGGUAUUAUAGGAAGAAAAGAAAUAAAUUCUCAAACAGAAUGGCAACAUCGGCGAGAUCAAACUAUUCAACAAUUUAUAAUGAGACAGACACGAACGACUUUACGAGAGACAGUAGUGCUUGUGGUGACAGUGAAGUAACCGCCUGUCAGAAAGAUACAUCGUAUAAAUUUAACUUAACAUCGCUAGUGGUUGAUAAUCUUAAAAAGCUAUUGAAUGAUUGGAUUACGAAGUACUUGUGUGAAAACAAUGAAACUAAACAAAAGAUUGAUUCAGUGCUGGAUUCGAUAUUGCACAAAAUGGAUUUACAGACGAAUGACACGUCUUCAUAUACAUAUACCAUUGACGUGGAAUUAGGACAUCAAAGGAAAGAACCAGAAUCACAGUCAACAUUUUCGAAAGACUUGAAGUUAUAUCCAGAAAAAAGUGAAGACGCUGUAACAGGAAUAAAAUCAUCUUAUCUAACAAUACCAUUGUGUAAUAAGUAUCUAGAAAUAAUAUCAACAUUAAGCAUCCCCAGGAAGUCACAUAAAAACAAAAAACGAAAAACUUUAAACAAGGUUAAGAACUUUCGUUACAAGAAGAUAAUGUUGUCCGUAAGCAAAUCCAGCAAAUAUCUUAUGACUUCCUCAAGUCUAAAUUUUCUAACACUACGAGCUAAAUCAGUAACUAAACACUGUGCAACUUACCAAAGGAAUGACCCGGAAGUUAAUGACCCAAACAGUAACUUUUUACCAAAAACUUAUACUAAUACAAUUUUAGGCGACAAUGACAAAUUAACUAAAAGUAGAAGUCAGAAUAGCACACAGAAUGGAACAAAACUUAGAAAUAGAUCUAAGGAAAUUCCUAGCAUCUAUGAAAACAUAUAUGGUAUUAAUUCAGGUCACAUAAAAACCUAUGAAACUAUACAAACGGGAAGCAACAAAAGGGCAAUGAAUUUAUCUGAACAUCAAAAUGUAAAACAUUAUAAAUCUACACAAGAAAACGAUAAAAUUACAAGUGAAAACGAGCACAGCGAUCAACUUGUCACCAUUGAUUUCGGAAAUGAAAGUAAUGAAUCUAAGUUAGACACAGAAAAUAAAAACGUUGAAGGCGAAAAUAAUCUAAAAAUUAACAAUAAAUCGCUCAAAAAUACAAUAUUCAAGAGAAAAGCGACAAAUUAUCAAACCAUUAAAUCUAAGCGAAACAAAUAUUUUGCCAAGAAAUCCAACAAUAAAAUUAAAAGACAAAAAGAACUUUUGCAUAAUUUUCAAACUUUAAUGAAAUAUUUUUCUAAGUACAAUGAUAAAAAGGAUAUGCAAUUGCAAAUAAAAAUUAAGGUCUGUUCUAAGAAUAAAAACGAGGAAAAUACAAAUACAGCAUCACAAGCACAUAAGAUGAAAUCAAAUAUAAACGAGACAAAUACUCCAAAAGAAAACAUAAAGGGAAAACCGGCAUUGAAUAGUCAAAAUAUUAUAUCACUACUUGAUGGAGCAACGAGUGAAACAAAAUAUUUAUUAAGGGAAUCAACUGACAUAUUAACUGGUGAAGCAAUGCCAUCAAAUGCUAACUCAGGCUCAAAUACUCACAUAGAAAACUUGAAAAUAGUUCAAGAGAUAAAUGAACUCAGAGGAAUUAUAAAGUCUUUAGCGAACACCGCAGAUAAACUUAUCAGUAACCACUUAUAUGAAACAAAUAAAAUUCAAAAUCAUUCUAAUCAUUCGAAAUCCAAAACAGAGGAUCUAUCACAAAGCAUAAUUGUUGAACACGCAACGGAAAACUCUCUGGUUAAUAGCGCAUUACCAAAAACAUCGAAAGGAAUUCAAGUGUCAAGUAACAUGCGUAAAAGUCAAUUGAAAUCAGGGCUUAAACUUAGGAAAGAGCCAAAAAAGAAGGAAUGUAAUUCUUCUUCAAUGAAAAAAAAAUCCUCGUAUAAUAUUAUAGCUAGCGAAUCACUAAUUAAAGUUACAGAUAUGACAUCAGGAGCACAAAAUAAAACUAAUGAUGAUCAAAAGAUGAUAGACAACGCUCUAACUUGUUCGUUACCAAAAUCGAAAUCGCUCUACGAAACCUCAAUAGCUGGUAAUAAAGGAAAAUUGUUGGCGUUAUACUGCGAUGAUCUUACAAAAUCCAAAAAUUAUACCUAUAGCAUUUCUGACAGUAUUGGCCCCAGUCAUUCUAAUCACGAACGUGUGUGUAGUUACCAUACAUGUGGAGGACCAUGCGACGCUGAACCAAAGUUGACUUGUAACGACAUUGUAUCGACAAACAGUAAUUGUGUACUUUUGGGAGACAAUAACUCCUGCUCGUCCGUGUGCAUUGAAAUUGAUCCACAUUGUUUUUAUGGCAAGAAAGUAAUUGUAAGACACCGUGAGGGAAUGUGUUUUUGGGAAGGAUGUUUAUAUUGUACCCUUCUUUGGCUUCCAGUUCUACUUGUAUCUUGGUUAUUUUACUUAAAUGUUAUAAAAGAUUGGAUGGCAACAAGCGGUAGCAAGAUAACAUAUAUUGAUAAUACACAAAGCCAAGAGUCAACAACGACGUCAUCAUCAACAACAUCGGCGACAAAUAUUCAUGCUGAUGCCAUGUAUCAAGGGCUGUCACUUUCUGAUUUAGGCUUUUGAUAAAAAAAAAAUUAUUAAUGACAUUUGUAAAUCUAACUAUAAUAACUUUAAAGGCUUAUGAAAUUUAAAGUAAGCAGAGGCGUGGAACAUAUUAAUAAAUUGUUUUAAAUUGAUUUUAAAAUAAUAUCUUUUUUAUUUAGUAGUAUGAAUACGAAAAAUAAAUGAAUCAAUAGAGGUAUCCCAAGUUUUUUAACAUGAAUUGAUGAGAGACGAUUAAUUUAAUGUGCACUUUGUUCCUUUUAUUACAUUUAUAACGCAUUUAUCUCAUGUUUAAU